GAGGCGCAGGAAAUGAGUUGUGAACAAGAUAGAAAUAGAUCCUGUUCUCUUAAAGCUUACGUUGUACUUAGUGGGGAGGCAAUAAACUGCUGUGCAAAGAUUAAAACAGGUUGAUGUGAUGGUGACCGUGGCCCUACUUUGGAUUGUAUAAUCAGAGAUCUGAAUUACAAGGUUUUGGUCACUUGAUGGGCACAACCUGUGCUUUGGGUUACUUUCUCACACAUUUGGUGGUGGUUCCUCCCUUUUAUCCCUCUUCUCACUCUGCAUUCCGGUCCCAAUACCGAACUCGGACACACAGACCGCAGCCUCUCCGGUUUCGCCACUACCGCCCAGGUGUCUCCACUCAAUGCGCCUGCGUACAAGCCUGACCAAUUAAAUACAGCCCAGGGCUUCGAGGGGCGGGGAGUGGUUCCUCAGCUCCUGGGGAAGCAGAAAGGGGCGAGGUUUUGUCCUGAAACCUGUGGCUCCUGGCGGCCGGAAGUGAGCCAGAAAGUCGGAAAAGGUAAGUUACUUGUUGUCGCCUGAAGUCUGGGGGGAAAGCGCUGGCGGGUGAUGGCGGCGGAAGCUAAGGCAGAGAAGGGGCCAGUGGGCGGCGCCGAGGAGCAGCAGCCCUCUGUGGGGGCCGAGGAGCUGGCCGCCCAGAAGCUCGAACAGAGGCUGCGCGAAUUCCGGGAGCUGCACCUGAAGCGGAAUGAAGCUCAAAAAUUAAAUCACUAGGAAGUUGUGAAGGAAAAAAGACUUAAACUACCUGCAAACUGGGAAGCUAAAAAAGCUCGUUUGGAAUGGAAGGAAAGAAAAAAGAAUGUGCAGCAAGGUGGGAAGACUGAGAAAGUGAAAUUGCUGGAGAUCAGUGCAGAAGAUGCAGAAAGAUGGGAGAAGAAAAAGGCAGAAAAACCAGAUCUGGGUUUUUCAGAAUUGAAAAAUGCGACAAAUAUAGCCGGAGACGUCCCUAUAAUGAUGAUGCAGAUAUUGACUACCUUAAUGAAAGGAAUGCCAAAUUCAACAAGAAGGCAGAAAGAUUCUAUGGGAAAUAUACAGCUGAAAUUAAACAGAAUUUGGAAAGAGGAACAGCUGUCUAAUCUCCUUUAGGAACUGUUUUGACUGCCAAAUUGUACCAGUAAACUAGGACUCAUUCCUUUUAUAACUUGUAAAGUGUUCUACGAAUGUCUGUGUAUUUUCAUACUUAUAUAUUUAUUAUUCACUUUUUGAAGAAAAA